GGGAGGGGUGAAAAAGUUGCUGUGUCUCAAAUCGACAAUUGAGCAUCACAUGACAGUCUUAUGUCUAGCAAAUGCAUGUGCUGAUAAUCAGAUCUCUCCUACACAAGUGAAACAAAACCUUAAUUUAGGAAUCUGCUCACGUCAGUUUGAGAGGGAGGGGUUUGGGGUCUGUUGCUGCUGAUGCUGUGGUGUGGAUAUUGCGUUUAUCUUUCUUCUAGUCAUCGCUGCCUUCACUUCGUGCUUGUCAACACCGGCGGCAUUCGCGCCCUAGAUGGCUGCACUUGGCAGUCCUUUGUGAGAUUAUUUUCCCGAGGAUUUUUGACCUAUAAGUAAACCAUGACUGACCCAACGACACAAGAUUCCUUCCCCGUCCCGGAUCCCACAAUCGUGGAUCCUUCAGCUGUAAGAAACGGCGGAUGCGCUCCGGAGGCGAACCUAUCCAAAAGACCGAGUCAGGGCGAUCCUUUCAGUAUGGACCGGGACCAAGAGAUGAAAAUCACGGACAGUGUUGAGGGACAAGGCCUGCUGGAAAGCAGCAUGCGACUAAAGCCCCACGAGGCUCAAAACUACAGGAAGAAGGCAUUGUGGGUGUCUUGGAUCUCCAUCGUGGUGACACUCAUCCUGGCAGUGGCAGCCUUCACUGUUUCGUUCAUGAGACACAGCGCAUCAGCAUUUGGAUUUGCAUUUGACGCCACGUUGGACGUGCUAUCUUCGAUUAUCGUGCUGUGGCGCUAUAGCAAUGCCGCAGCUGUCCACUCCGCCCAUAGGGAGUACAUAGCGUGCGUGGUCCUUGGGGUGGUCUUCAUCUUGUCCUCCCUGUGUAUUCUAGGAAAAGCAAUCCAUGACCUGGCCACCAAGCUGCUUCCAGAAGUGGAUGACUUCCUCUUCAGUGUGUCUAUUGUCAGUGGGAUUGUAUGUAUCAUCCUGGCUGUGUUCAAGUUCCUGCUGGGGAGAGUGCUGACCAGUAGAGCCCUCAUCACUGACGCUUUUAACUCCAUGGUGGGGGGCAUCAUGGGUUUCUCCAUCCUCAUCAGUGCUGAGGUGUUCAGACACCACCCUGACGUCUGGUACCUGGACGGAUCCAUCGGCGUCAUCAUCGGACUCAUCAUCCUCGCUUACGGUGUCAAACUGCUCCUGGACAUGGUACCCCGGGUGAGACAAACCAGGAACUACGAACGCUUUGAGUGAACGCUCCUAGGACCAGGGUUACACCUGAUGCACCCCCUUCCCCUUCCCCUCCCCGCCCCUCCUCUCUUUCUAUCUCACAAACACACACACACACACACACACACACACACACACACACACACACACACACAUACACACCCUAGCCUGGAGAGACUCUGAGGGCAAAAUAGUAAAAGACAUUAUGAUGUUGUUGGCGUGUUGGCCAACCUGUCAAUCAAGGUUUUCCCACCUAGCCACCCCCUUCUAACUAUUUGUCUUUACCUCCUGUCCCAUCAUUAUUACUAUCCAGAAAGAGGGAAUGAAGAGGUGAGAAAAAGGAUUACGAAGAGGCUGGCAUUAAUGGCUGGUCCAGAGCGAUCAGCAUUUGUUUGCCAUGUGUAUCUGAACCCACUGCUGUUGCUAAGCGACCUAGAACCCCUGGCAUUUUGAGAGGCACAAGAUCCUUUUCAUAUUGCCCAAACCUUUUUUAUGUUCCAACCCUGAUUAGUAUAAACUUCUGUGACUUUCAAAAUCCCUAUGCAUUGUUAGAAUCUGAAUAAUUUAUAAUGGUGGAAUCAUGCCACUACUUUCUGCCCUUGUCUGUUUUCACAGAUCUCUAUGGUUCUGUGUGUGAGUCUCCAUUGCUCUUUGAGAUUAGAAGCUACAGUUGAAGUCCUAAGUUUACAUACACUUAGGUUGGAGUCAUUAAAACUCGUUUUUCAACCACUCCACAAAUUUCUUGCUAACAAACUAU